AGUGAACAUUAUAAGAUUCCCGAACUGUGCAAUAAGAUUAAGGAUUUCGCAGCAAAAACAUGCCCUAGAACAUGUGCCAUGUGCUGUAAAACGAAGGAAUUUAACUGUCACGAUGUCAACCCCGAUGCAUGCCGAAGGUUGGAUCGAAAUAUUUGCUUAACUGUACCUAGCGUAGCGCUAUCGAUGUGCCCAUUUACAUGUGGCCUUUGUCACAGACCAGGUGCUGCUGGAAUGUGUCCAGAUGAGAACGAAAAUUGUGCGGCUAUUUUACAUUUGGACCCUACAUGCAGUACGGAUUUCAUGAAGAGGUCUUGCAAGAAGACAUGUAGACUAACGGAUUGCUUACCAGGUAAUUCAACUUCGUCAACUUGUACCGAUCUACACCCUCAAUGUCAAGCGAAUGCCCGGUAUUGCAAUAUAGGCGACUAUGCAGUUGUAAUGAGCAGAGUUUGUAGAUUAACUUGUCGUCAUUGUACUCCUUAG